UAACUAUAUAUAAAAUCCGACCAGAUUAUUUAACUAAUUAAAACAUAAAUAUAAAAUGAAACUCUCUGGGUUGUUCCACUAGAGAGAUACAGAGUUUUGCUUUUCUUUCUUCUUUGAUAUAUCUUUAAAGAAUUAUUUGAAAAUGGCUUUGGGAAUUAGGGUUUGUCUGUUUCUGGUGUACUCAUUCACCUUGGCUAUGGUUUGUGCCGUCUUGUUCUCCGGCACUGUACAAUCGUACAACCGUCCACCGCCACGUAAAGAUAUCAGCGUUGAUUACAACAAAGACGAUUACCAUGAUUCUUCUCCACAACAGGUACAUAUAUCUUUGGUUGGAGAAGACCAAAUGAGAGUAUCAUGGAUAACAAAGGGGUCAGAUUCAGAAGCAAGAGUAGAUUAUGGUGUAUCUCCUGGGGUAUAUGGGUUUACCAAGACAGGAACAACUUCUUCUUACAGGUAUGUAACGUACGAGUCAGGCUCCAUUCAUGAUGUUGUGAUUGGCCCUUUAACCCCAAACACUCUAUAUUACUAUCGUUGUGGUGGUGCCUCUUCUCCUUCGGCUGAGCUCACUCUCAAAACUCCACCAGCUGCCUUCCCCAUCAAAUUUGCACUUGCAGGUGAUCUUGGACAAACUGAUUGGACAACUUCAACACUAGAUCACAUAUCAAAAUCAAACUACGACAUAUUGUUACUACCGGGGGACCUGUCCUACGCCGACGCGAUCCAGCCGAGGUGGGAUUCCUUCGGGCGUCUGGUCGAGCAACUCGCAAGCCAGCGCCCGUGGAUGGUCACCCAAGGCAAUCACGAGGUGGAGAAAAUUCCCCUCGUACACACCACCCCUUUCACUGCCUACAACUCACGCUGGCCAAUGCCCUUCCAGCAAAGCGCAUCCGAAUCCAACCUCUACUACUCCUUCGACGCUGCUGCGCGUGGCAUCCACGUCAUCAUGUUGGGGUCCUACACUGAUUUCAGCCAUGACUCCGCCCAGUACAAGUGGCUUGAGGCUGACUUGAGGAAGGUGAAUAGAACCAAGACGCCUUGGUUAGUGGUUGUUGUACACGCGCCUUGGUAUAACUCGAAUACUGCUCAUCAGGGUGAGCCCGAGUCAAACGACAUGAAAGCCGCUAUGGAGGAACUUCUCUAUAGUGCUCGCGUUGAUGUCGUUUUCUCUGGUCACGUGCAUGCCUACGAACGUUUUGCACGUGUAUAUAAUGACAAAGCUGAUAAGUGUGGUCCAAUAUAUAUCACCAUUGGAGAUGGUGGCAACCGGGAAGGCCUUGCUUCGGAAUACAUAGAUCCAAAACCGGAAAUAUCGAUUUUUAGAGAGGCUAGUUUUGGACAUGGGCAAGUAGAGUUCUUGAAUGGGAGCCAUGCACAGUGGACGUGGCACCGGAAUCAAGAUGACGUGGCAAUCGCAAGUGACUCAUUUUGGUUUACAAGCCUCUCAUUUGACCCUUCUUGUAAAUUGUAAACCCAAUUUUAAUAUAUAGCUAGUUAUAUAUAAUAAUAAUUUUAUGAAAAGCUUUAUUAGAUUAUAUAGACUAUAGUAGUAGUGCAUGUAUUUGUUUUGGACCACUUUUAGUUUAUUUCUUUUCUUUUCUUUAUUUGAUUUUUUUGCUGAAACACAUUUAGUUUAUAUUUGAUUAUUUAAUUAUUUAUUUACGUCCUUUUGAGGAA